CCUUUUCCGGCCAUCAAACAUGGCGAACCCAGUCAGCAAGAAAAAGAAGUUCGUUGCAGAUGGAGUGUUCAAGGCUGAGCUGAACAAUUUUCUGACGAGAGAGCUGGCAGAAGAUGGCUACAGUGGUGUAGAAGUCCGUGUCACACCAACACGUACUGAAAUCAUUAUCCUGGCCACCAGAACACAGAAUGUCCUCGGUGAAAAAGGCAGGAGAAUCAGAGAACUGACCUCAGUAGUGCAAAAAAGGUUCAACUUCCCAGAGGGAACUGUUGAGCUUUAUGCAGAAAAGGUUGCACAGCGAGGUUUAUGUGCUAUUGCACAGUGUGAGUCUCUCAGAUACAAGUUGAUCGGAGGUCUGGCAGUCAGGAGGGCCUGUUAUGGAGUGCUGCGAUUUAUCAUGGAGAGUGGUGCUAAGGGCUGUGAAGUCGUAGUAUCAGGAAAGCUGAGGGGACAGAGAGCCAAGUCCAUGAAGUUUGUGGAUGGCCUUAUGAUCCACAGCGGUGACCCCAUUAAUGAUUACGUAGACACAGCCGUCAGGCACGUCUUACUCAGACAAGGUGUGCUUGGAAUCAAGGUUAAGAUCAUGUUGCCCUGGGAUCCCAGUGGCAAGAUUGGUCCUAAGCGCCCCCUGCCUGACCAUGUCAGUGUGGUGGAGCCAAAGGAUGAGGCCGUCCCCGCCCACCCCUACAGUGAGCAGAAGGGAGCCAAGCCCACAGAGCCCCCAGCUGCACAGGCUUAAAAAGAUAUGUGAACAGAGACUGUAAAAAAAACUAAAAAAUAAAUAACCAAAAAAAUUC